AUGGCGACAGACGCCAACGCUCUCGCCGACCAGCUCCAGCAGCUUGGUCUCGACAACAUCGAGACUUCUUUCCCUGGAUGUCACCCUGAUACCAACCCAGUCGAUAUCUACCGUUCACACAUCACAAGUCUUUUGGCGCCUAUUACUGGUGUCGAUCCUAAGAUUAUCUACCCCGCCAUCCAGUGGACUCAGACGCUCGACAAGGGAGAUGCUAUUCUCGCUGUUCCUGCUCUUCGAGUGAAGGGCAAGAAGCCUCAAGAGCUUGCUGAGGAAUGGUUCCCCGAGUCACCUCUUAUUGAGAAGCCUACCGCUGCUGGUCCCUUCAUCUCCUUCUUCUUCAAGCCCAACAAGCUUACCAGCAUGCUCCUCCCUACGAUCCGAAAGCGCGCCAACAACUACGGCAAGAACCCUUACAACGGUCUCCGAGACCCCAACAACCCCAACUCUGGCAGGAAGCGAAUGAUUGUCGAGUUCUCUUCACCCAACAUUGCCAAGCCUUUCCACGCUGGCCAUCUCCGAAGUACCAUCAUUGGUGGUUUCCUCGCUUCUUUGUAUGAGAGCGCUGGAUGGGAGGUUACCCGAAUGAACUACCUUGGUGACUGGGGUAAGCAGUAUGGUCUGUUGGCUUUGGCUUGGGAGAAGUGGGGUGACGAGGAAGCCCUCAAGGCUGACCCUAUCAACCACCUCUUCAAUCUCUACGUCCGAAUCAACCAGGAUAUGUCCGCCGAGAAGGAGGAGAUUGCGGCCAAGAAGGCUGCUGGCCAGGACAUCACCUCGCUUGAGGAGAAGUCCCUGGACGAGCAAGCCCGAAAGUACUUCCGACGAAUGACAGACGGUGACAAGGAGGCCGUUGAGCUCUGGCGACGAUUCCGAGAUCUCAGCAUUACCCGAUACAAGAAGACCUAUGCCCGACUCAACAUUGAGUACGACGAGUACUCAGGAGAGUCUCAGGUUCCUGAGGAGGACAUGGAGAAGGCCGCUAAGGUCCUCUCUGAGAAGGGCCUUACUGAGGAUGCUAACGGUGCUAUCCUCAUUGACUUCUCCAAGCACGUCCCUGGCAAGCCUGGUAAGAGUCUCGAGAAGGUCAUUCUCCGAAAGAAGGACGGCACUGCUCUGUACCUCACCCGAGAUAUCAGCGAGCUUCUCAACCGACAUGAAAAGUACAACUUUGACCACAUGAUCUACGUCGUUGCUUCUCAACAGGAUCUCCACUUGAAGCAACUCUUCAAGACCAUUGAGCUUAUGGGCCACGAGGAUAUUGCUAAGAAGUGCCAGCACAUCAACUUCGGUAUGGUUCUUGGCAUGAGCACCCGAAAGGGUACUGUCAAGUUCCUUGACGAUAUUCUCCGUGAUGUUGCCGACAAGAUGCACGAGGUCAUGAAGAAGAAUGAGACCAAGUACUCCCAGGUCGAGAACCCUGAGGCUGUUGCCGAUAUCCUUGGUAUCAGCAGCGUUAUGGUCCAGGACAUGUCCGGAAAGCGAAUCAACAACUACAAGUUCGACAUGGACGUCAUGACCUCUUUCGAGGGUGACACUGGUCCCUACCUCCAGUACGCUCAUGCUCGUCUGUGCUCUAUCCGCCGACGAGUCGGUCUCUCCGAUGAAGAACUGGCCACCGCCAACUACGACCUUCUGACUGAGAAGCACGCUACCGACCUCGUCCGACUGCUUAGCCAGUGGCCCGACGUUGUCCAGAACACUCUCAAGACCCUUGAGCCCACCACCAUCUUGACAUACCUGUUCAAGAUGACACACGUUCUCAGCUCCAGCUACGAUCACCUCCGAAUUGUCGGUAGCGAAGCCGAGCUCCAGAAGGCUCGUAUGGCUCUGUACGAUGCUGCCCGAAUUGUCCUUCACAAUGGCAUGAGUCUGCUUGGUCUUACACCUGUUGAGCGAAUGUAA